CAGCCAGCCAGACCAGAAAAGGCCACCGCCCAAGUCCCAGGAUAACUUUCGGGCUCUGCAUGUAGACUCCGGCUGCUGCUCCUGCUGUUUCUGUCCUGUUUCUCUUCCUCAUCUCCAUCGCUCUCUACACCUGCCGCCUCCUCUCACGCCCGGAUUAUCUGCGAAUAGAAAAAUCCUUGCGCUGUCUGGAUUCCUGCUUGAUAUUACGCAAUAGUUUAGAAACUGCCAUAAUAUCUACAAGCAAUGGUGGCUACUGAGCGCAGGUCCGCGGUAUACCGCCAGACCUAUGCGCUGUGUGUAAAGUCCGCGAUUACCUUCCGCCGGACAUGGUUCUGGACCAUCUUCCGCGCGUUUGUGUUUCCGGUCGCUUUCAUGUGGAUCCUGGGAUAUGCCCGCAACCUCUUCGUUCCCGCGGCAACUUUCGGCGUCGCAGAUCCGGCGCCUAUCCGGCCAUUGGCUGAAGCAAUCGGCGACCGUGACUUUGUCUAUCUGAUGGAGAACGGAACCGUGACUCCCGAAGUGCGCGAGCUGAUGAUGAAAGUCGCUUAUGGCAUUCCUCCUGAGCAAGUCUUCGAGAUUGAGGACGAGAUUGAGCUUUUGACUAUCUGCAAGCAGAACCUGCGAGGCGCUUCGAACUGCAUUGGUGCUGUUCAGUGGAAUACUUUUGAUCCUACCAACGGGUUAUAUAACUACACUCUUCGUGCCGACGCUGGACUGUUUCGUGUCAAGGUCGAUGAUCACACUAGUGAUGUCGAGCGAUAUCUUCUCCCCGUUCAGUGGGCCGUUGAUGCUGCUAUCUUGGAUCUUGACCAGACCGAAGACGCGCCGGAUGUGAUUGCGUAUACUUCUCGCAGUCAGGAAGAGCACGAGCAGGAUAUCCGUGUCCGCUACAUGUUUGUUUUGAUCAAGUACAUGUCGCCGGCUAUGUUCAUCGCCAUGAUUGGAAUCAUCUACCAUCUCUGCGGUGUCGUUGCUCUCGAGCGUGAGCUUGGAAUCUCAACCUUGCUCGAGAGCAUGGGCUGCACGAAACUUGCUCGUCAUCUUUCCUUCUUUAUCUCGUACUCUGCGCUCUACCUUCCCGGAUGGAUCGUUGUCGGUGCUGCUGUUGGACGCACGAUGUUUUACAACUCGAACGUUCUCUCAAUCAUCGUCUUCCAUGUCAUCAACGGUUUCGCAAACGUUGCCUGGGCACAGAUGCUUGCUCAGCCGUUCAAGCAGGCUCAGCUCGCCGGUAUCAUUGCCACCGGCGUCUGCGUUUUCUUGGCCAUCAUGACUACCGUCCAGUCGACUAUGCAUCCCGAGGAUGGUGGUUCUGCGUACGCGCUCGGAUUCCUUUUCCCGCCUAUGAACUACGUUUACUACAUGCAGACCAACGCCCGCUUCGAGCGUGAGGUUAUGGGCAUCUCGUUGGUCGAGGUUGCUCCUACUGGUGUUCUCGCUGGUGGAGUGCUCUGGAUUGGCGCUUUGGUCGAGAUUCCUCUGUAUUUUGGUCUCGGCAUGCUCAUUGAGCGAGUUAUGUAUGGCUCUCAUGGCCGUACUGGUGCUGCGGUUGAGGACCCCGAUAACGCGCUUGUCAUCAGAGGUGUGUCCAAGAUCUAUCACCCGUUCAACAUCAGCCGUUUCUUCCGUGGUGGCAAGAAAUUGCCUCCCGUUAUUGCGGUCAACGAUUUGAAUGUCAAGUUCCGCACCGGCGAGAUUUCGUGCUUGCUCGGUGCUAAUGGUUCGGGAAAGACAACCACUCUUGAGAUGAUUGCUGGUAUUCAAAAGCCAUCUGAGGGAUCUAUCGAGUUUGGUACAACCACCUCGCUCGGAAUUUGUCCCCAGAAGAACGUCAUGUGGGACGAGCUCACUGUCGAGGAGCACAUCAAGAUCUGGGGUCGUGUCAAGGGUUCUCCCGAGGCGACUCUCAACCAGGAAGUCAAGGACUUGGUCAUUCAGUGCGACUUGGUACCCAAGCGCAAGUUUUUGUCCAUGAAUCUUUCCGGUGGUCAGAAGCGCAAGCUCCAGCUCGCUGUCAUGUUUGUCGGUGGCUCAAAGGUUUGCUGCAUCGAUGAGGUCUCGUCCGGUUUGGACCCGCUCUCUCGUCGUCAUAUCUGGGAUAUCUUGCUCUCGUCUCGUGGCGAGCGCACUCUUGUUUUGACUACUCAUUUCUUGGACGAGGCCGAUUUACUGGCUGAUCAUAUCGCGAUCUUGGCUCGUGGUGUGUUGAAGGCUACCGGAUCGCCCGUCGAGCUCAAGGAGGGAUUCGGUAAUGGAUACCGUGUCUUUUCGAUUACUCCCGGAUCUGGCCGUGAGCAGGUGUAUGAGGCUGCUGAUGGAGCUCAAGUGACUCAGCUCGUCUCCCGUCUUGAGUCUCAAGGCCACAAGGAGCUUCGUGUUUCAGGCCCUCAGCUUGAGGAUGUUUUCUUGAAGCUUGUUGCGGACUCUGACAGUGAGAUUCAAGAGCUUCUGAGUGAGAACGAUUUCUUGCUGGAUGAUAGCGAAAGCAGCUUGUUGUCUGAAAAGAGAUCUACGACUUACGGUGCUGUGGAGAGCGAGUCUUCUUCGCUUCUGUAUGACGAUGAGAAGAUUGCUUUGAAGCCGUACAACAACGGCCUGGAUCUAAAAGUUGGCAAGAUUGUGGGAAUGAGAGAACAAAUCUGGACGAUGAUCUGGAAGCGAGUUAUUGUUGCUCGCCGUCAUCCCCUGCCUAUUCUGGGAAUCCUAUUCCUUCCCAUCAUCGUCGGCGGAAUCACUAUGAUCUUUGUUCGCGACUACCCCGGUGGAUCGUGCAAGGCAGAGGAUAACGUUGCUGAGCAGAUCUUCCGUGAUAUCUCGACAAGGAAUAUCACUGACCAGCCACUCCAGGUCGUUUUGGGACCUUCUCCUGUUGACAACAACGGUGCUCUUGAUGCUCUCGCGCCAUACACGGCUGCUAUAGACGGUUACAAUGGCCCCAUGAAUGAGGUUGCUGGCCAGGCUGUGAACUACACCGAGCUCUUGAGAGACAACGUCACGCUUGUGCAGAACAUCGAUGAUUUCAAGUACGCUAUUGCCGAGAACUACUCGACUAUCCAGCCCGGUGGUAUCUAUCUUGGCGAUGAGCCUACUAUGGCGUUCCGCGUCAACGGUGCCGGAAUUGUCACUGGUCCUCUUGUUCUUAAUGCUAUGGACAAUGUCCGCGGCCAAGGUAAUGCUCUCAUUGUGACCAACUACUCGCCGUUUCAAUUCCCGUGGAUCGGCACGAUGGGAGACACGCUGCAGUUUAUUAUUUACUUUUGUUUGGCAAUGGGUGCCUAUCCGGCUUUUGCCGCUUUGUACCCUACCAUGGAACGGCUGCAGCGUGUUCGCGCUCUGCACUACUCUAACGGUCUUCGUGUGGUUCCUCUGUGGACUGCGUACCUUCUUUUUGAUUCGUCGCUCGUCUUGGUGUCGUCAAUUGUUUGCGUCAUCAUCUUUGCUGCCACGAAUCCAUACUGGUACGGCCUGGGAUAUGUGUUUAUAAUCAUGUUUUUGUAUGGCGUCGCCUCGAUUUUGUUUGCAUUUGUGAUAUCGCUUAUUGCAUCGACACAGCUGGCUGCUUUUGCAUUGACUGCUGCGUUCCAGUGCAUCUACUUCUUGGUGUACCUGAUUGCGUAUCUUGCGGUGAACACGUUUGCGCCCGCCUUGCAGACGGAUAAGAUUGUUCAGCAGGUGCAUUUCGCUCUUGCGACCUUCGCGCCGAUGCCGAACUUGAUCAAGGCUCUCUUCUUGUCGCUGAAUCUGUUCACUGAGAUGUGCGACGGCGAAGAAGAGUUUAGCUACUACGGCAACGUUCGUGCUUAUGGUGGACCGAUCUUGUACCUCGUCAUGCAGUCUAUUGUUCUCUACGGUAUCUUGAUCUGGUGGGACUCUGGUCGAUUCCGACUGCGAUUCUCGAGCAAGUUCAAGAUUGAGGAUGCCGAGGCCAAGGCCGCGCUUCUGGAUGAGGAUCUUGCUAAGGAGAUUGCGCGCGUCGACAGCCCUGAUGAUGGAACUGACGGUCUUCGGGUUGCGCAUCUGUCGAAGCAGUUUGGAAAGUUUGUUGCCGUUGAGGACGUCUCGUUUGGAGUCAAGCGCGGAGAGUGCUUUGCUCUGCUGGGUCCCAAUGGUGCUGGAAAGUCAACUACGUUUAACAUGAUCCGUGGCGAGAUUAUUCCUUCUGCGGGUGGUGUGUAUGUUGAAGGAGUUUCCGUGAACGACAACCGUGCGCAUGCUCGGACUCACUUGGGCGUCUGUCCUCAGUUUGAUGCUAUCGAUCAGAUGAACGUGCUGGAGACGCUUACCUUCUACGCCCGUCUCCGUGGUCUGAAGGGCCCGGAGGUUGAGCACAACGUGCAGGUUCUUGUGCGUGCUGUCGGACUUACGCGGUUCGCUACUCGCAUGGCCGCCCGUUUGUCGGGAGGCAACCGCCGAAAGCUCUCGCUCGGAAUCGCGCUGAUGGCUAACCCGUCUGUACUUUUGCUUGACGAGCCAUCGUCGGGUAUGGACGCUGCCAGUAAGCGUGUGAUGUGGCGUACUCUCGCGAAUGUUUCUGCUGGCCGCAGUAUUGUGUUGACUACGCACUCUAUGGAGGAAGCCGAUGCGCUCUGCUCGCGAGCGGGUAUCUUGGCUAAGAACCUGCUUGCGGUUGGAACGUCUGAUAGACUCCGGGAGCGCUAUGGUGACUCGUACUACCUGCACUUUGUGUGUGAGGGUGGUAUGCACGCGACCGACGAGCAGAUGAUGAGAGUUGUUAGCUGGGCGCAGCAGCGGUUCAAGGGACACGCCGUCCGGAUUGAGGACAAGAUGUACCACGGUCAGGUCAAGAUUGCCGUCCAGACGUCUGCGGGCGAAGGCAUGCCAAAGAUGAAAGUCUCUGAGAUUUUCCAGGCCAUUGAAGCCGACAAGAAGGAGAUCGGAGUUAUCUACUAUGCUGUCUCGCAGGCUAGUCUGGAGCAGGUGUUUUUGCGUAUCGUGGGCGACCACAAUGUCGUCGAGGAAGGCUAUGAGAAGUGAACGAACGGCGACGAACUAAAAAGCGACGGGAAUGUGUUGUUUAAUUAGGACCGAGUGUUUUUGUAUUGUUCAUAUUAUUUGUCCAGUGUACGCUUUUUAUGACCGACUAGCUUGUUUACUUUCUCCCUGUUUUUUAUGGGCAUCACGACGGAAUGGUGUAUUUUGUUUUUUUUUCCUUCUCAUUUUCUUUUUUCUUUUUCUUUUUUCUUUUUUCUUUUUUCUUUUGCAUUUUUUUCAUGUUUGGGAUACUUUUUACGGAUUCUGGGUUUGGGGUGA